AUGGAUAUCGACGAUGCAGCCACAGAACCAUCAAAUGCUCCAAGGGAAAAGACAGCGCCAUUUCUUAUACGAAUAUUUGUGAAGGUUGGAGGGUUUCACCGUUUGACUCUUUUCGAGGAUGGGACUCUACCGACGACAGAUGAACAACAAAUCUUCACUUGGAAGGACGCGACCUUGCGCGAGGUGCUGACGACGCUACGAAACACGGCGCCUCAAGUGGUUGAAUACCGACAUCCCCUCGCCCGUUUUUCUUUCCGAACCGUAUACGCGGAUCCCAGCAACAAGGGGCGUUUCUCGUCAAAGGAUCUCGGCAUGGUCUACUCUCGCGACAUUCUCGGCGAACCAGGAUCCCUCAACCACACAGCACCAAGACUUUUGCAAGAUGUAGAGACAUCGCAUCGAGGAACAGGCGAAAAUGAAAGGGAGGAGAGAACGCUGGACGAGCUGCGAUUCAUUCCAGGGGACUAUCUCUUGGUUGCUGUCUUGCUGCCGAAGAAUGUCACUCUUCCUACAGAGCUCUCAAUCAAGGGUUCUGGAGCAGCUGCGGCGUCAUCGGGCACUGCCAACGGAUGGAAGUCCGGCGCUUCUGGUCCCGGUGCAGCGAAGGGUGAUGGGGGAUGGGGAAAGGGUGCUGCAGGAUCUGGGUCUGGCACUAGUCGUGGUGGCGGCCAUUGGAGAGGGGAUUCAAACGGACCAAGUGGCCGUGGCCGAGGAGGUGGUCGUGGUGGCGGUGACUUUGGGCGCGACAGAGACAGAGACUCCGACAGACAAGAUUCACGUGUGCCUCCCCCACGACGGCUUGAUUCGCCGCCCCCUCGAGGCGGCUGGGGCCCGCGUGGUGGCCGUGGAGAUAGGCGCUCGCGAUCUCGCUCUCGGAGUCCUCCGAGGCGAAGGAAUCGACAUGACUAA